UGAGGGCUCUUCAUCGGCGGCUCUGAAAUUUGAGAGUUGGCAGCCACUACCUGAGCCACAAAGGACAAUAGGUUGCAAGUCAGCUGGUGCUCUGAGCAGAACAUCAGCUUGGAAGAGGCUCAGGAGGGAGGAUGACUAUUGCUUGACAUCACUCAUGGAGGUUUUAUCCGUGGUCUACGAGGAAAGACAGCUUGAGGGGUAGCUACAGCUGGGAAGGAGACAGGAUCGCCUCUCAGGCUUGUGGGACGAUGAUUUAGCUUCUCUUGAUAUUCUUGUGCCUGUGUAUACUGCAGAUAUUAACAGUCAUGACCAGGUCCUGAAUUGCACCGAGAUCUUCUCGAAGCUCAGUGCCUAGAACUUCUCACUGGUCCCCAGUCAGAGUGGCACACUGCGCCGCAACAUGCACCAUCAAGAGCACACUGCAACAGCACGGAUCUGGAGCCCAGCAGAGAGAGAGAUGGUCAGUCUGUGCAUGCUGGCCUCUGUUGAGAACAACUGGCUGCCAGUUGAGAGGACAGCGAUUGUUUGUGAUAUUUCCAAGAUAUGUCCAAGUGCAGAAAACCUUUACCUUCCGGAACAAGGAAGCACCACCAAUCAUGUGCUAAGAAAGGAAGUGCAACAGCGUGACCAAAAGGAAACAGGAGCGUGCGACAGCUUCGCGGGAUUCCGCAUUCGGAGGUUCCCCGCGCCAGUGUCAUGCAGUAUCAGAGAGGAAUCCAACAAGGACAACGUAGCUCCUCUGAAGAGUAGCCACCUGUCAAGCCAGAUCAGUUUUUCCAAAGGAUGGAAGGAGAUGAAAAUGGCAUCAGCUGUUCACCCUGGCAGUAUUCAGCAGGAUUAUUCUCACAGGGAAAGUAGUUUGGAACCAGCUCUGAGCUGCACAGUUCUCCAGACAGCAAACCCAUCGCAGUCCACUGGUAUGAGCCCAAUUCCCUCGGAUUUACCGCUGGUUGAUGCCAAGGGCUCACCAAAUGUGGGCUUCUCAUCCAUCACCUUCUCAGCACGCAUGGUGCCCCACACCACAAACACAUCACCCCUGGAGUGUUCGCCCGCAGAACCCAGAUUCCCGACCUUAACUCAUGGUGGCCAUUUGGCCCAGGACAAGGACUCCGCUGCUACGGCCCAGGGAUAUUCCAUGGUGGACUGCGACAGCAAGCCGUUGUUGGGUAAAAGAAAGCCUGUCAGCGUAAAAAUGACAGAUCACAGGCAAAGCUGUUUCUUGGGCCAGGACGUCUGUGAAACAAGAGCUCCUGAGAUCAGACAAAGUAGCACCGACGGAGAGAACAAGGAGAAUGCCUUUUCUGACUUCUGGCAACAGGAUAGCUCUGAUUUCUAUGAGUCCUCAGCGCAGUGUAGCCACUGCACUUGCAGUCGACUGGAGGUGUCGGUCAGUGCUGUGAACUCGGUCUUGUACCUGAACAGGGCACUGACUGUUUUGCUGGGGAAAGGCACCAUGGAGCCCAGCAAGGCUGAUGCUUAUAGAUCUACCCUGUCGCUGCGCCUUCAGAGUACAGCCCUUCACAGACAAGCCCUGAACCCUCCAGGGAGGGGAAAUGAAUUGGAAAGACCCAGGAGGCCGUCAGGCUACCCUGGUGUGCGUGGGAGUCUGGAAUUCAAACUGUGCUCCACGUCUCCAGCAUCGACCCAGCCAAGCUCAAGACUUAAAGACUCCGCUAACAACAUGACCUCGGAUUUAAACAUGUGCUGCUUGACAUCUGAAGUGUCACUGUCGGAGUCAAGGCACUUGUCCGCUGAGGUUUUGAGUCAAGAUCGAGCUGGAAACAAGAAGACAUGUCAGUGCCGAAACAGUGGAGGGGGCACAGGGGACGCUAGCGAUGCCCAAGUUGUGAAUGCUGGGAAUUCUGGGAGAACAUCGCAAGGUCAGAGAAGAGUCGUGAAAGGUUCAUACACUGCGUGGAGCGUGGACCACAUUUCAGAAACUCCCGGGUCCCUGGCUGUCAAGUCCAGCUGGAAAUUAGUGCCACAGAAGACUGCGAUGAGCGGUCUUACUCUCAGGGAGGCCCUGCAGCUGUUUCGCCCAGACUUCAUCACUCAUUCCCAGGACAGACUGCUAGCGCUGGAGCGACGUGCCCUGGAGCGCAGGUCUGCUGUGUCCCCAGGCCAGGAAAUGGGGGGGCCACAGGGACACCGAAGGAGAAAAUACACCAAGCCCCACCCUCUGAGCGAUAACCUUUUCAAACCCAAGGAAAGAAUCAUCUCAGGAAAGGAGAUGCAGAGCCGAUCCAAGCGGAUAUACAACAAGCUGCCCGAAGUAAUGAAGAAGAAGGAGGAAGAGAAAAAGAAAAUAAUGUCCCAGACCAAUAGACUUCGGGUCGAGCUCUUUAAGAAGAAACUUCUAGAACAGGUUCUUCAGAGAACUCAUGACUGAAGAAGACUUAGAAGAGAAGAUAAUUCUUCUUUUCUGCUUCCAUGCACCCAGCUACUGAGAUGGACCUUCAGCCAAGGACCUUGCCUUCAAAACAUGGGAUAAGACCCAGGUAGAGGGUGCAGCACGUCAUGAAUGAAAGUGCCCGAUCCUGGCACAUGUACAGUUGUUUUCUCCAGACACAUGCAAGUUGUGUUUAUUUGAUGGGACAUGUGAAAUCGUCUGGUCCGCUCAUGUCCCUUUGCUUGUCGGAGAUAAAUUCACCUCAUCUUGCUGCAUCGACAUCAUUCGACAAAAACCUUUCAUUUUAGACCUAGUUGGUCUAAAACUUAACAAACACAGGGCGCUGAUGCCGUAAGUUAAAAUAGAUGUACAACAUGUUUGGUUCUUUUGGUACAUUCUUCCUGUAUGUACAGUACUGCAGUUCCCUUUCUGCAGUUAACUGGCACCUGAAGUGUUUGAAAUAAUUGGUAACGCUCUUCAGUAACUGCACCUUCAAAAGCAUUAAUCAUGCAUUCAUACAACACAGUGCACCUUCAUAAUGCAUUCAUAAUUCAUUAAUAGAAUGCAUUAGCAUGCCUUAACAACUUUCAAAUAGAUUAAUAACAAACAUUAUGUAAUAAUAUGAUUGUAAUGUUUGUUAUUAUAAUAUAUUUGUUAUUAAUGUGUAUUACACCUGUUAAGGUAUGUUAGGAUGUUAAGGAAUACUUACAUGUUGCUUAUGAAUGCUCUAUGACUGCAUUAUGAAGGUGCAGUUAAUGUAAAGCGUUACCAAAUAAUUCGGCUUAAUAAAUAAUAAUUUGGAGUAAUUUGUCCUUUCUGCUUAAUCCUCUCUCCAGCCUAUUAGAUGAAUACGGUGAGAAAUGGAUGUAACUGAAUUGUAGAAGAGCUGUACACGACUUUAUGUCAGGAUUGUAAUGAAAAUAAGUGCAUCACUUCAUGUAUUAUGGCUGUGCAUUAAACCUGAAAAUGAAACGUGUCACCUUUUCGCUCUUACCCGUCUGACAGACACGGGUAACGCGUUUAGCAGCAAUUGACCAUUGUGACGACGCUGAAUGCAUUACAAGCUCUUGCUCGGUCCUCAGAAAAGCACGAUAAAUUUAAAUUACUGUGGGUGUAUUUGGAUCAGACGAACUCAUCUGAUCUGAAUGUGUCAUCUGCUACUUAAAUGUCAAUAUUAAUGCAAAUGUACAUAAGUUUGUUUACUUACAGUGUUAUGUAAAAAAAUUAAUGAGUGCUAAUACACAGGCCACCAUGUUACGCAACUAAGUAAUACAUCGGCUAGUAACUUUAUACAUCAUCAUGAAUAUUGCAGGUAAUUUAAUCAAAGGUGUGAAGGGUCUUUCUUAACUUCAUAUACUUCUAACGAUGUAUAUAGUCUGUAAAACAGUCCAACCUUCAAAUUUUCUUUGUGUAUAUAAAUUUAUACAAUUUCACUUCAAUUUUCAGUAUGUGUGCACAU